AUGGUGCCUAAUCAACACAAUCUCUACGACUCGCUGGCCCACAAGAGCUUGACCAUGCGAAAUAUAACGGAUCAUACAUGCGAGUACGGCCUUGCCCGAACAGAUGACGGCUGCGUGCGCACGCUGUCUUCGUACGACAUCGAUGCGUACUUUUACACUCAAAUCAUUUUUCUCGUUCUCGGAAUCGUGACAACAAUUGCAAGCGCCAUUAUGUACUUCCGGGCAAUUAAGCAUGAGGCGUCUAAGCUUCAGCAACACAAUUUUAUCCUCUGCUGCUAUGCAUCAUUGACAAUGGUAUUGACCGGUGCCGAUCCCAAAAGUUAUGGUCAUGUUAUACCUCGCCCCAUCAGCAGCUUCCUGUCCGACUCACUCACUGCCGCUCUCUACUCUGUAUACAUUCUUACUCUUGGGUAUUGGGCUACAAUAAUUCGCAAAGGUGCUGCUAUGGGCGACAAACCAGGUCAACUCAUCUUUCUCGAGCGAAUUGCCAUCGCACUUGUCUGGGGAUUCUACAUUCUCUACAAUGCAUCUCUCUUCUUGUCUAAAGGAUAUUCUCGCACUGGCAUCACGUAUCUUCAUUUGCUAUGGAGUGCUGUGAUGUUAACUAUUAUCAGCACCGUUUUUCUAACGUAUGGACUGCGCGUGUUGUCGCGCCUCAUGUCUUACGAACGUGAUAUCAAGCUACAGGUGUCUACUAGGAUAACAGAUCGAGUAAUUAAUCACUCAUACGAUAUGGGACAUCCAGUUGAAGACGAAGAGAAAACCCCGAGGCCACCGAAGCCACAAAAAGGACAUUCAGCCAAGAUUCGCAAAAUUCUUUUAGUGACGGAGAUGCUUUCGCUCACAGUUGUCGCCGCACAAAUUUUUAUGGCUGUCAUGCACACAGCAAACGAGUCCGAUGAACUUCAGUGUGCCAAUGGUAUUGGAUGCGAGUCGAUCAAAUCGAAAAUUAGCUGCUUGAACAUCCUUCAAGCGAUUUGUGUAUGGGCUGUACUGUGGACCUUCCGCGCCAUCAAAAAGAAAGAUGUGAUUCCUCGGCCUCCAACGCAUGUCAUGGCGUAG